UCGCCUUCCUCUAGACCCCUCUCUAUAAAUUCUCUCUCUCACCCAUCAUCAUCAUCUGUUCUCCAUUCUCCCCCACUUUACUUUUCUCUAUGCUCUUCAUCUUCCAUUAGGGCUUUAUUCCUCUGGGUUUUUUUGGCGAUGGCUUCGAAGAGGAUCCUGAAAGAGCUCAAGGAUCUUCAGAAGGACCCUCCUACGUCAUGCAGUGCAGGACCUGUAGCUGAAGAUAUGUUUCAUUGGCAAGCAACAAUCAUGGGUCCUCCUGAUAGUCCAUAUGCAGGAGGAGUAUUUCUAGUUACUAUUCAUUUUCCACCAGAUUAUCCAUUUAAGCCACCUAAGGUGGCUUUCAGGACCAAAGUUUUCCAUCCGAAUAUUAACAGUAAUGGCAGCAUUUGUCUUGAUAUCUUGAAGGAGCAGUGGAGUCCUGCUUUGACCAUAUCAAAGGUCUUGCUUUCAAUUUGUUCUUUGCUGACGGAUCCAAAUCCCGAUGAUCCCUUGGUGCCAGAGAUUGCGCACAUGUACAAGACUGACCGGAGCAAGUAUGAGACUACCGCACGGAGUUGGACCCAAAAGUAUGCCAUGGGCUAGUCUCAGACUUCAGCUAUGUAUGAAUAUGAGUAAGAAAGGAAAAAGAUCUUUCCUAAGGACUGCCAGCCUUUCUUGCUCAAACUCUACGCUUUCCCCGUCAUUGCCCUUAUUGUCGUACUCAGUCUUUUCUCCCUGUGCAUGUGUUGUGUGUGACUUAUGCCCAUACUUCUUUUGAGAAAAAUAUAAAUGCAUGAUUGGGGGAAUGAUAAAAAAGAUUCCCCAUUC